CCCAGAGAGAGUGGAGGAUAUUUCAAUCUGCUGAACAUUUGGAGUGGAACCUUUGAAGAGAUCCGUCAUCGCCACUGAAAUUUGAUCCAUUUCUAGAAAAACUCCACAUCGCUUUGCAUGCCCCGUUUGAUUUAUGAAGUUAAAUCAAAGACUCUUUGCCAUGGUCCUCUCCGUUUCACUUCUGAUCCUCUUCUACUUCACCUUAAGUGUAGAGAAGAUCAAUACCACCAGAGGAGCAAACUUCUUAAAGCAGGUGAACUUCACAUCCCCUUUGAACCCUCAUAUCCCAGUGUCUUCUGAAGACUUGAGGAAGAUCAUUCCUCAACACGUUGCAUACUGGAACCGCCUGUUCCACUCGGCAUUGACAAACAUUGAGGAAGACAACUACCCUUCCAGGAGAGAGUACCCCUGGUCUGCCUGCAUGGAGGAGAACCGGGACAUUCUGAGAAUAAACGUUCAUGACUUUGAUUCCUACCCUCCACUGUUCCAGACUUACCUGAAGGGCAUAAACUGUAGAUCUCCGCCGAUCCUAAUCAACCAGCCCAUGAAGUGCAACAACCACACCUUCCUGCUUUUUGCUAUCAAGUCAUCCCCAGCAAACUUCGAGAGGAGACAGGCGGUGCGGGAGACUUGGGGUCGAGAUGGGGUGUACCAGAACGGUCGGAGGGUGCGCUCGGUGUUCUUCCUCGGCAACUUCCAGCCCGAUGACCCAAACCUUGGCGCACUGCUGUUGUUCGAAGCCAAAACCUUUGGAGACAUCCUGCAGUGGGACUUCCAUGAGUCCUUCCUGAACCUGACCCUCAAAAUGGACAUGUUUCUCCAGUGGACAGUGAAACACUGUCCACAGGUGUCCUUCGUCUUCAGUGGGGACGAUGAUGUUUUUGUCAACACUGACGGACUGAUCCAAUACCUGGAGUCUUUAGAUGCCUCUCAGGCAUCUCAGCUGUAUGUUGGACAAGUCUUGCAAUCAGCAAGUCCAAUCAGAGACCCAAAAAGCAAAUACUACAUUCCUCUGACCUUCUUCAGUGGGCCCUACCCUGCGUACCCAGGUGGAGGAGGGUUUGUCAUCUCCGGAGAGUUGAUGCAUUCUCUUUCUUUUGUUUCGAAGCUGUUUCCUCUGUUCCCCAUAGAUGAUGUUUACAUCAGUUUGUGCAUGAAGGCACUAGGAAUCACCCCCCAGUGGCAUGGAGGAUUUCAGACCUUUGACGUCAAAAAACAAGACCGUGGAAAUGUUUGUGUUCACAAACAGAAUCUCCUCAUACACCAGCGAUCCCCAAGGGAGACAGAAGUAAUGUGGAAGAACAUCCACAACCCCCUGGUGACUUGUUGAACUGAUGGGUCACCUGCACUACUUUCUUUUUUUU